AUACACUUAACAAGUGUUAGAGGAAAAAGAUUCAGGAAGAAAAAAUGUCAAAAGAAAGAUACAUUCCAGAAGGAGGAUCUGCUUCAAGACCACCUUUGUUCACUGGAAAGAAUUACUAUUUUUGGAAAAACAAAAUGCAAUUGUUUUUAAAAUCUCAAGAAGUAGGAAUGUGGCGCAUAGUCACAGAAGGAGAUUAUGUUCCUACUGUAACUUCUGCUGAGGGAGUCAUUUCAGACAAACCUGAAGAUGUAUGGACAACUGCAGAACAACAAAAGGUACUCCUAAACUCUAAAGCUCAUUUAUUUCUAUCCUGUGCUCUAAGCAUGGAAGAAAGUGAAAGAGUAGAUGAAUGUGAUACUGCUAAAAAGGUUUGGGACACUUUACAAGUUCACCAUGAAGGAACUAGUCAUGUAAAAGAAACAAGAAUAGACAUAGGAACUAAUAAAUUUGAAACUUUUGAAAUGAUUGAAAACGAAACUAUUGAUGAAAUGUUUUCAAGAUUUACUACUAUCAUAAAUGAAUUAAGAUCUCUUGGAAAAACUUUUUCAACUAAUGAUAGAAUUAGAAAACUUUUGAGAUGUCUUCCAGUUACUUGGAGACCAAUGGUUACUGCCAUUACUCAAACUAAAGAUUUGAAAACACUUCCCAUAGAAGAUCUUAUUGGUACUUUAAAAGCUCAUGAAGUUAUUCUUCAAGGAGAUAAACCUUUAAAAAAGGAAAAAACCAUUGCUUUAAAAGCUUCUCAAAAAGAUAUAAGUUUUUUAGAAGAUGACUCUAAGGAAUUAGAAUCUACCCAAGAAGAGGCAGAAGGAGAACUAGCUCUCAUUUCUGGCAAAAUCCAACGUAUGUUAAGAAGAAGAGAUCAAAUUAGAAGAAACUUUUCUUCAGGAAAAGAUAUGCAGAAAAAUGACUUUGACAAAAGUCAAGUGACCUGCUUUGGUUGCAACAAACUUGGACAUUACAAAUCAGAAUGUCCCCUAAACAAAUCACCCAGAAAUUUUCCCUUCAAGAAAAAAUCCAUGUUAGCUACCUGGGAUGAUGAUGAUGAAUUUGAAACAAAUAAAGAAGAAGAAGAAGCCAACAUCUGUCUAAUGGCAGAUUCAGAAAAUGAUGAGGUAUUUCUCUUUGAUAAAACUCAUCCUUAUGAAGAAUUAGAAACUAAUUUUAAUAGUCUAUUACAUGAUUCUGAAUUCUUAUCCAAACAAUGUUUUUCUUUACAAAAAGAAGUUUCUGAACUAAAAGAAGAAAAGAAAAAACUUCAAACUGUUAUUCUUAAUUUUGAAAAAAUUAACAAAGACUUAAUUGAGUCAAAAGAAAAACAUGUUUGCUCUAGUGUUUUAUCUAAGAAAAUAGAUGAAAAUGUUGUGUUGAAAAAUGAAAUAAUGGAACUAAGAAAUGAUCUCACUGGAUUCAUAAAAUCAACUGAAACUUUUCAAAACAUUAUGGGAUCACAAUCUCAAGCUCUUAACAAAAAUGGCUUAGGUUUUAAUGAAGUUAAAAACAAAAUUUUUGAAAAUGUUCUUUUACCAGCAAAUAGAGAACUUAAGUUGAGAUGUUCAUUUUGUAACAAAAAUGGUCAUCAUGAAUCAAUUUGCUAUCAAAAAGAAAGUUAUGAAAGUUUUUACUAUGAACCAAAACGUUAUCGUCAUUUAGAGAGAAAAAAUAAACAUUGUUCAUUUUGCAAAAAUUUUGGGCAUCUUGAAAAAGAAUGUUAUUUUAAGAAUAAACAAAUUGUGAAAACUAACCCUCAAGGACCCAAGUCAUUAUGGGCACCUAAACAAAAAUUUCAAAAUGCAGGGAUACUAUCAAGGUGCAAAGAAAAAGCCUUGGUUUUUGGACAGUGGUUGUUCAAAACACAUGACAGGAGAUAGAAGGUGUUUUCUCUCCUUCAUCAAAAAGGAAGGAGGGUCAGUUACGUUUGGUAAUAAUAAUACUGCACAAAUAAAAGGAAAAGGUAUUAUAGGUAAUAAUGAUUCUGCAAAAAUUGAAGAUGUUCAAUAUGUAGAAGGUCUAAAACAUAAUUUACUUAGUAUCAGUCAAUUAUGUGAUAGUGGUUUUGAAGUUAUUUUUAAACCAAAUAUUUGUGAAGUCAAACAAACUUCAU